CAGAUCCUCUGCCCUGCAAGGACAGCCAGCCACCCAGAGCCCAGGCAGGGGGAUCUGAUGCCAGCUUAGGGGAAUCAGGCUUUCUUAGGGGGAUUUGCAGCCUGUGCCGGCUCUCUCCUCUCUAGUGUAACACUCAGCAGAACACAUAGAAUUGUGCUGCUUAAGGAAACAAAUCUCAUUUCUGUGGGGAACCACCUGGACUGGAGCCACCUGCGCCACACAUGGUCCUGUAGAAGUCCCCAUUCAUAUUGGAAAGUACUAGGGACAGCCAGGGUCCCCAAAUGCACCUUCACAGCCCAUCUCUGGUGGCUGAGGGAGGCUUCUCCUUGUCCGGGCACUUGGUGAGGAGCCCGGGGGGCACCCAGAACAGGCUGCACAGCAUUGAGGCCAUUCUAGGAUUUUCCAAAGAGCACAGUGUCCUGAGCUCCUUCCAGCCGGAGGGCAGUCCCAGGAAUGGGAAGGAAGCUGAGAAGAGGAUCCCCAGGCACUGUCUGCUGAAGAUGGCUGAGGAUGUGCAGCCCCAACACAGCCAGCUGGAGGACAGGCAGGAGGACAGCUAUGGGGAGUGCCUGAGCCCGGGGCUGCCGGCCGGUGACAAGAAGCUGUCGGACGAUGAGCAGCCCAAGAAGAAGCACCGCCGGAACAGGACCACCUUCACCACCUACCAGCUGCAUGAGCUGGAGAGGGCCUUCGAGAAGUCCCAUUACCCCGACGUGUACAGCAGAGAGGAGCUGGCCAUGAAGGUGAACCUCCCAGAAGUCAGAGUGCAGGUUUGGUUCCAGAACAGGAGAGCUAAGUGGAGGAGACAGGAAAAGCUGGAGGUGACUUCCAUGAAGUUGCAGGACUCUCCAAUCCUGUCCUUCAACCGGUCCCCACAACCUCCAUCCAUGAGUGGCAUCAGCACCAACCUGCCCCUGGAUUCCUGGCUGACUGCCCCCAUGUCCAACACCACAACCCUGCAGGCUCUACCAGGAUUCGUGACCACCCAGCAGAGCCUCCCUGGCAGCUACACCCCACCACCUUUUAUGAACACUACCCCUGUGGGCCAUGCCCUCCAGCCCCUUGGGUCCAUGGGCCCCCCACCUCCUUACCAGUGUGGAACCAACUUUGUGGACAAGUAUCCCCUGGAAGAAGUGGACCCCAGAAACAACAGUAUAGCAGCUCUCAGGAUGAAGGCCAAGGAACACAUUCAAUCUAUGGGCAAACCCUGGCAAAGCAUAUAAAAGGCUGGGCAGGCUCCCCACAGGGCAAUGGACUGGUCAGACCAUUAUGUGCCAAGCACCCAGAAAUCAGCCCCCUUCACCCAGAGCCAGCCACAGCAAGCUUCCACAGACACUUCCUUGUACUUAGGUUCUACAUUUUGGAUUAAUUUACAGAUUUUCAUGUUUACAUCAACAUCCAAUUAAAGUCAGCGGCACUAAUUAGGGAAAAGUGAGACACUGUAGCUCUAAGCUCUUUAGGAUAACCCGUCUCCAUGACAUAUGUAUUUAAGUACAUCAGAGGAAAUUAUUACACUGCAGAUGCUUCUUAUAAUUGAAUGUUGCUUUCAUAACUACCCUAUUCCUUGUGUCUCCCAGUGCAGGCUGCAGAUUGCAGUGUGCACAGUGCUGUAUAUACUGGUGUGUACUUCUUGUGUCAGUAUACAGAGACUGUACUAUACUUCCUAACGCAACCUGGGAUCCUCACAGCAACCAUAUUGACAGGCCUUGCUACUUCUUGUUGCAUAUGAUUUCAAUGUGAUAAAUAUCCUUUAUUUCCAGUUGCCACUGGGCGAUUUUGUAUUUUAUUUGACAGUAAAAAGAGAAAAUAUGAAAUGUCUAUUUGUCCUCUAGGUUUUGUGGAACUAUUAGUACCAGCAUGCCCGUUCCAGCAUCUACCUUAGGAUAAUCUUCACUCUAGCCAGAAAU